AUGUUGUCAGACGAGACCAUAUCAAAUUUUCGUUUACAUCGUGAUACUCGUCUUGAACAAAAUGCCCCACCGUUUAUUGUUUCUUCAGCAUCAAAACAACAACGACGUCUGCCUGUUGAACGUGCUCAAUCAUCACGUUCAUCAAAAUCAGCUGUCGAUGCUAAAACACGUGCUGUCAGCGAUAGUUGCAUGGCAGCAGCUAUCGGCGAUUUACAAUGGCUUAAACAAAGUAUAAGAGAUGGGCCGAUUGGAAGUGGUGAAGCAACUAGUGUUGAACAAACUUAUGGAAAAGAGGGUCUUGCUCCUAUUCAUCUUGCUGCAUUACAUGGCCGACUAAAUUGUUUAACGUAUCUUGUUGAUACAGUUCAUAUUGAUAUUGAUUUACCAAGUUCUACCGGUUGGCGUCCAAUUCAUUUAGCUAUAUCAAAAGAAACAGGUUCACGUUCAUUUCAAUGUGUUCAAUAUCUCGUUGCAAAGCAAGCAAAAAUAAAUAUAGCUAACGAUGACAAAUUGACACCUCUUCAUCAAGCAGCCUCAGAAGGUCAUGUGCAAUGUUUAGAACUUUUACUAACGCAUGACGCUGACGUUUAUGCUGAAGAUAGUCGUAAACAACUACCCAUUGACCUCGCAAAAUUAUGGGGAAAUAAAAAAUGCGCUAAAUUACUUGCAGCUGCGAUGUGGCAUCAAAAUAAGCAUUUAUCCGCAAAAGAACGUCUUCUAUCGCGCAAUGCAAAAAUGGCUGAUAUUUUACUUGAAAUAAAACGUGAACAUGCCAUUUUAUUUGAAGAGAAAACUGAAGAAAAAUUUGAUGAAUGGUUAGUUAAUAUAGGAACAGGAUCGGCAAUUGCAAAAACUAAACAAGAAAACCAAGAAGAAUCGAACAGUCAAAUGACACUUCCGAAAAUUUCUCAUGAACAUGUAAUAAAUCAAAGUCAAACAGAUAAAUCUACUAUACCAAAACGUAAUCGACCGGCAACAUAUGUAAAUAGAGAUCGAUGGAAUACUUCGACUCAUGCCAGACCAAAUCCUUAUGUACCUAAUUUACUAGAUAACUAUCCACGUGAUCCAUUUACUAAAAUGCCACCUAAACGAGAUGCCAUAGAAAUCUAUCGUUUACUUCAAAGAAUGUCACUUGAUGAUGUAAAGAAAUUUCUCAGUAAAAGAAAAGAACCGCUUGUUGAUACAACAUCUGGACAAGAAAAUAAACAGCGACCUGUUGUCUAUGCAGCAUGUCAUGUCGAUGACAUACAAACAUUACAUAAGCCAAGAAAGGGCGAAGACUCUUUCCGACCAUUACGUCAUUUCGAUGAGAGUGGUUUACAUUUUACGGACGACGCACGACAAAGCAUUUUCUAUCAACAAUUAUCGGAAGCAAUGGCGGGAGGUGGUGAAAAUACUGCACAAGCUCGACGUCAAACAGCAGAUGAAAAAGCUAAAUGGGCUUUAUUUGCACAAUAUGGUUCAGAACUUAUUGAUUUCUUAACUGAUCGACAUGGUCGCUUUAAACGGCAAUACGAUAAAGUUUUCAUCACUUAG